AACAGGAAGAGGCUGGGUUUCAUUUUCAAUAUCAUACAUCGUUCUGUUAGUGUCUGGUUAUGAUUCCAAGGUGUUGCGGGUUUCUGUCAAGUAACAUCGUUGAUUGUGGCUGUGAAACUGUUGAGGAUCAGUCACAGAAGAUUCAGUCCAUGAACAUUGAGCAGCCCACAACAAAUGUAAUAGUACAACCAUCUAAUCCAUCCAGUGCCGGGAACAGAGGAAUUACAGAGACAACUCGGCCUUCCUCCCAGCCCACGUCUGCCAAGAUGUCCUCAGAAACACACGCUGUAGACGCCACCCCGGCCCUCCCUGAGCUUCUAGGAGACAUACCUUUCACUUUAGCACCACACAUCGUGGCCAUGCAGGCGGGCCUGCCCUUUGUAACAGAUGUCACCUUGCCUCACAACAUAAAUGACAAACUAGCCAACUUUCGUUAUGACUUCACCUUGGAGAACUCGGUGCUUUGUGAGCCGUGACUCUUUGCCCAUCAGUUAUAUCACUAAACGCGUGGUGAACUAUGGGCCUUUGGUUGUCAAGAUCCUCUUUAACCACUUGCCUCUUAAAUAAACGAAUAUCUAGUUUAGCUGACAAAAAUCAGUCACUGACUAGAGGGUGUUGGGCUGGACUGAACAUACUGUCCUUUUAGUUUAAAUAAGUUAGCAUCAAGAUGGUUUGCCAUCCCUCAGGAUCCCGCACUUGAUUGUGAGAUGAGCAUUACUGCCUUGUUUUAACGCAGUACACGAGUAUUUAUAAGAUGACCUGUGGCUUUACGUUUUUCAAAUGUAGUUCAAAUUUUACGGGUGUAAUAUCUGUGCAAUUUUGCAUUUCAACUCUGUUGGGGUCCUGGUAGCAUAAAAUGAUAUGCUGAACUGAAAUAGGGUUGUUUUGAAACUGCUCUGUUUCUUAGUAGUUGCUUUGGGCUGUUUGAUGUUUCAGACGUCACUGUCUGUGUUGGCCUUCCUUAGUUUUUUCUUACUUCUGCAAAAACUCACUGUAAUUUAUGGAAUCGGUUUUAAGAUCAUUGACUGAAAACAGUCAUGAUACAUAGGAAAUGUAUUUUAUAGUAAUCUAUCUCUCAGUGAUCUUUAAACAUAUGUAAAAUAAAUAAUUCAGUAAUAGAAGUAUUUUAUUCAAAUACAAAUUAUAUUUAAAAAAAUGUAUAUUAAAAAUGGCAAUCGUAAUGGCCUUUUGGCUAGUCCACUAUUUACUGUAACUCUACUUUUAGUACCUAUAAACCUUAAAGGCGAAAAAAACACUCCCUGUCUGCUAUUGGUCAGUCAAACAGAUAGUCCCGCCCUAAACGGUUGCUAUUGGUUGAGUCAGAUGGCUGGUUGGGAUGUGCAAACAGAACAAUGUCCUGAUACUGACUAGUGUUUUGCACUUUUAAGGGGAAUCAGGAUAGAAUAUUGCUUACUUGUAGUUGUCUCUGCAUAUAAUGCUGGGAUAUGAAGUAUUUUUACAUCACAAAAAUUACGCACAUCACUUUAAGUUCCUUAUGAAUGGAUUGCACUUAAAAUCACGAAACACAUUGAAGGGCUUUUUAUAAAUAGGCCGAUAUCAUAUCUCUUUGUUCAUAAAAGAAUGCUUUUGUCUUCUGUUUGUGUGAAUAUGCAUACCUCGACUGGUGUUGUUUGGCUUUAAUGCAUGAUGUUUUGAAGUUCUGCCUAAACAUGACACACCCCAUUUUGGGAGGCAGAUAUGUAUUCUGUUUAAGUUUGAUUGCAAAAACAUGCACAUGGGUUUUAGUAGGAUUUACUGUUCUGUUUGGAUAGGCCACACAGUUGUUGAGCUGUUUUUUCUUGUUUUUCUUUCAUCUGAAUUUCAGUUAAUUGGAUGGGUUUUAUCAUCGUGCGUGCUGCUAUUUACACAAUGCACUCAGGAGUUUAGCUGUUUCUCCUUUACAUCCUCUGUACUUUACUUGAUAGCAGUUUAGUUUAUUUACUUGAUACCAUUUCAUAUCUCACUUAAAAAAAAACAUAUUUUAUUAGUCUGUGUUUUGAUUUGUCUGUCUUUCGGACAUGGUUAUUUUAUCCAAGCUUCCUCCUAAUGUAUCUGACUGACCUAUCCUUUUCAAAACAUUGUACUGAAGUAAUCAAAGUUGUGUUUGCUCUAUAAAAAUGUCUGUAAAAUAAUUUAAUCACCUUAACUCCUUUGUUGGAUUCCUUAUUGAUUCAUAUCUGGAACAGAAUUCAUCAUUGUUUCUGAUCCCACAUGAUGUUUAAAUUCUG